UCCCACUUUCAAUAUGCAGCCAUAUACCCCAAAUUGGACCCACGUGACAGAGUUUGUCAUGGUGGGAUUUGCCGGGGUGCAUGAAACACGCCUUCUCUUCUUUACACUCUUCCUCAUCAUGUACCUGUUUACCUUACUGGAGAACUUGGCCAUCAUCAUGGUGGUGAUUUUGGACCCUCGGCUCCGGAGACCCAUGUACUUCUUUUUGACACACUUGUCCUGCCUUGAAAUUGGGUAUACCUCAGUCACAGUGCCCAAGAUGCUGGCUGGUUUUAUUGGAGGAGAAGGGGACAAGAAUAUCUCCUAUGCUGGAUGCCUUUCCCAGCUCUUCAUCUUCACCUUUCUUGGGGCAACUGAAUGUUUCUUACUGGCUGCCAUGGCCUAUGAUCGUUAUGUGGCCAUUUGUAUGCCUCUCCGAUAUGGGGCCUUGGUGUCCUUGGGCACCUGCAUCCGUCUGGCUGGUGCUUGUUGGCUGGUAGGCUUCCUCACACCUAUGUUGCCUAUCUACCUCAUGUCCCAGCUGACAUUUUGUGGCUCCAAUGUUAUCGACCACUUCUUCUGUGAUGCCUCACCUUUGCUAGCCUUGUCUUGCUCGGAUGUCACCCUGAAGGAGACCACAGACUUCCUGGUCUCUCUGGCGGUGCUCCUGACCUCCUCUGUGGUCAUUGCUGUGUCCUACAGCAACAUUGUCUGGACGCUGAUGCAUAUCCGCUCUGUGGCUGAGCGCUGGAAGGCCUUCUCCACAUGUACAGCUCACCUGACUGUAGUGAGCCUCUUCUAUGGCACUCUUUUCUUUAUGUAUGUCCGAACCAAAGUGGCCUCCUCCAUCAACUUCAACAAGGUGGUGUCUGUCUUCUACUCCAUUGUCACACCAAUGCUCAAUCCCCUCAUCUACAGUCUUCGAAAUAAGGAGGUGAAGGGAGCUCUGAGCAGAGCCAUUUCCCUCAAGUCUUGGAAAGGCCAGUGAGGGGGCAGGUAGGGACCA